AUGAAUCAUGCAAGCAUUUUACUUCUCAUCGUUUUGGUACUUAGCAUAUUUGGUAUAGCAUGCAUUGCCAUAAGUAUUGCUACCAAUGUCUGGUUGCGCAUAGAUCCUAUCAUAGGUCCAGUCAAUGAAUCUACUGAAAUCGGCUUAUGGAAAACUUGUUUCAUAGGUAACUUAGCAACGGACUGCAUCAAUAUAUUAAUGUCAACUCCAAUCAUCCUGGUCUUCAUUGCUCUUGGUCUUGUCAUAUUAGGUGUUUUCACAACAUUAGUUGUACUUGUUUUCAAACGUCUACUACCAAUCGUGAUUAUAGUCUCUGUUUUAUUCUUUCUUAUGGCUGUUGCCUUUCUAAUAGCUUUUGUGGCUGUCUAUUGGUAUAAAAUACUUAAUACACUAUUUCAACAGUAUCUGACGAGCGUAAUUAUAACGACAACUGAAUUUUCGAUCGGCUACAGCUGUGCUUUACUUUUUGUUGGGCUUGGAAUGAUAAUACUGAGCAUUUCAAUUGCCUCAUUUGUUGCUGGCAAUCACGCAUCUGUUUUAACUACAAAGUCCACAUAUCAUUAUCCGAUGAAUCUUGAUGUUGCUCAACAUUAUUCUUACUUCUAA